AUGGCAGCCAACACCGUCUACCCCAACAGCCACGUCGGUUUCGACAGCAUCACCUCCCAGAUCGAGCGUAAGCUCCUGAAGAGAGGCUUCCAGUUCAACGUCAUCUGCGUCGGCCAGACUGGCUUGGGCAAGUCGACUCUGAUCAACACCAUCUUCGCCUCCCACCUUAUCGACUCGAAAGGUAGACUGGUCCCCGACGAGCAGAUCCGCUCCACCACUGAGAUUCACCCCGUGUCGCACAUCAUCGAGGAGAACGGAGUCCGUCUGCGACUGAACAUCGUCGACACCCCGGGAUACGGUGAUCUGGUUAACAACGACCGAUGCUGGGACCCUAUCGUCAAGUACAUCAAGGAUCAGCACUCCGCGUAUCUACGAAAGGAACUCACAGCACAGCGAGAGCGCUACAUACAGGACACCCGCAUUCACUGCUGCCUGUUCUUCAUCCAGCCCUCGGGACACUCACUGAAGCCUAUUGACAUAGUGGUCCUGAAGAAGCUGUCGGAUGUCGUCAACGUCGUACCAGUCAUUGCCAAGGCCGACUCCCUGACCCUGGAGGAGAGACAGGCCUUCAAGGAGCGCAUCAAGGAGGAGUUCGCCUUCCACAACCUGAAGAUGUACCCCUACGACAAUGACGAGCUCGAUGACGAGGAGCGUUCCAUCAACAAUCAAGUCAAGAGUCUUGUCCCUUUCGCUGUUGUCGGUUCCGAGAAGUCGAUCAUUGUUAACGGCAAGCAAGUUCGCGGACGUCAAAACCGAUGGGGUGUCAUCAACGUCGAGGAUGAGAACCACUGCGAAUUCGUCUACCUCCGGAACUUCCUGCUUCGAACCCAUCUCCAGGAUCUCAUCGAGACCACUUCGCAGAUCCACUACGAGACCUUCCGUGCCAAGCAAUUGUUGGCGCUCAAGGAGAGCAGCGCACAAGGCCACGGUAGCAGACCGAUCAGUCCUUCCGCAGAUCGGGAACUUAGCAGGAACUCUCAGCGAAUGACCAUGAACGGCUACAACUAA